AUGACAGACUUCUGGUUGAUAUCUGUUCCUCAGGACAGGGCCAGCUCUCUGUCUCUGGAGAAACUCAAGCACACUGUGUCCAAAACCAAUCUGGCCUCCAGCUUCAAGUUCUCCAUACCAGAAUUGAAGGUUGGAACACUGGACGUCCUCUUGGGUGUGUCAGAUGACCUUUCUAAACUGGACACUCAAGCGGAGAGUGUAUUGCAGAGGGCAGCUAAGUGCAUGGCAGAGGUGAUUGAGCAGUCUGAUGAUAAAGUGGUGGGAAAUGCCCAGGCUAAUGGUGUGGAUCUGGUCAGUUAUGUGACAAAGUUCCAGUGGGAUAGAGCCAAGUACUCCACAGCACUGCCUCUUAAGAACCUGGCAGACAUCAUAGCCAAGCAAGUCUCCCAGGUGGAAACUGAGAUGAGAUCUCGAAGCGCGGCGUAUAACCACAUAAAAUCCAGUUUGAAGGGCUUUGAGGUCAAAACAGAGGGGUGCCUGCAAACUCGCAUGCUGACUGACAUUGUUAAGAGAGAAGACCUUGUAGAUUCGGAGUAUCUCACCACUCUACUGGUGGUGGUGUCCAAGGCAAGCUAUGCACAGUGGGAGAACACCUACGAAUCCCUUUCAGAAUUUGUGGUGCCUCGAUCCAGCAGGAAGGUGUUUGAGGAGAAGGAGGGAGCCAUUUUCACUGUAACCCUUUUCAAGAAGGCUGUUAGCGACUUCACAGCCAAUGCCAAAAAGAACAGGUUCACAAUACGAGAAUACAGCUUUGAUCAGAAUGAGUGUCAGAAACAAGAGAUGCGCCGCCUUAGUGUGGACAAAAAGGAGCAGUAUGGAACCUUUGUGCGUUGGCUUAAGGUGAACUUCAGAGAAGUGUUUGUGGCCUGGAUCCACCUGAAAGUCCUGGGGGUGUUUGUGGAAUCGGUUCUCAGGUAUGGCCUGCCUGUGAGCUUUCAGACAUUACUACUUCAGCCAGACAAGAAGCAUGGGAAAAAACUGAGGGAGCAGCUGAGUUCUCUAUUUGGACACCUGGACCCUACAGCUCCGGCUAUUCCCUCAAAAAUGCCCGACGUAGACCUUGACAUGCCAGGGGUGAGCACUGUGGCUCCACAGGACUACUACUCCUACAUCUGUUUCCAGAUCAGUGUCAAACUUUUUGAUCCCAACUAGCAGCUAAUGGGGUGUGGUCCCAGACAGAUACAGCAACCACCUGAUCCUGAAAUAACCAGUACCCUAGGUCACUGUUGGCUUCCCCUCUUGAUGUCAAAAGGCUUAAAUGUUUAGAAAUAUGUUGGG